GUGCCUCGUGCACAGGUUUCGACCCGAUACGACAAAUUUCAGAAUGCUCUAAUUGUCCAGCAUGUUCUUACACAAAUCAUCUUGAAAUUUUCAAGAAAAACAGUCAGCAGUUGCACUCCCAUUGUCAAAGUCUCCUUUGUCCUCUUCUUUCCCACCAUCAUCACUCUUCCCAUUAUAUUAGGCGUAACAAAAUCUUCACACUCUUUUACCUUCUUUCUUUCAUUACUAAUAAUCUCUUUCUCUCUCUUCAAAUUUUGUGACAAACCCACCAAUUACAUCAUCAUAAUCAUCUGCAAUCUCAAUGGCGUAUACUUCCUGUAACAUGACCAACAUCUCGUUGGAUUCUGGGUUGAUUUUAAACUCUUUUAAUCAUCGGAAAAUUGCCCUUAAUUUCUUUCCUUGUAAUUCCAAAUGGGUGUUCAACAAUUUUACUCUUCGUUCUUGGACACAAAAUGGGUCGUUUCGCCGUACCCUUGGUUGUGUUUGCUGUCACACUGCUCAGACUGAGGAGUUGCAAAAUAGGAGGUGUGCACCUUUACUAGAACAUGAGAUAUUAUACAAUAAGGUGUUGUUGGGCUCUAGCGACUGGAAAGCAGUUCCUGAUAUUUGGAGAACAGCUGCAGAAAAGUAUGGUGAUCGUAUUGCGUUGUUAGAUCCAUACCAUGAACCUCCUUUAGAGUUGACUUAUAAGCAGCUUGAGCAAGAGAUUUUGGAUUUCUCUGAAGGCUUAAGAGCCGUCGGCGUAAAGCCAGUUGAAAAGGUUGCCCUUUUUGCUGAUAAUUCAUGUCGGUGGUUAAUUGCUGACCAAGGAACUAUGGCAACAGGAGCUAUCAAUGUUGUGAGGGGCUCAAGGUCAUCCACAGAAGAACUGUUGCAAAUAUACAAACAUUCUGAAAGUGUUGCACUCAUUGUGGAUAACCCUCAGUUGUUUGAUAGAAUGGCGGACUUGUUCGUUGCUGGGGCAACAACGAAAUUUGUGAUUUUGCUUUGGGGAGAGAAAGCAGACUUGAAUGUUGGAGAGUCUGAUAGACUUUUAGUUUACAACUAUAAUGACAUCGUAGCAAUGGGAAAAGAAAGUCGGAAACAUCUGGCUGAUUCUUAUGAUGCUAGGAAACUAUUCAAUUAUGAGCCCAUAUGCUCCAAUGACAUUGCCACACUGAUGUAUACUAGUGGUACCACGGGCAACCCAAAGGGUGUAAUGAUUACACACCAGAAUCUUCUGCAUCAGAUCAAGAGUUUGUGGGAUAUUGCACCUGUUCAAGCUGGAGAUAAAUUUUUGAGCAUGCUGCCUCCCUGGCAUGCUUAUGAACGGGCAGCAGAGUAUUUCAUCUUCUCACGUGGGGGAGAGCAAAUGUACACAACUGUGAAAAAUUUGAAGGAGGAUUUGAAAAAUUAUCAACCUGAGUACCUGAUUUCUGUUCCAUUAGUGUAUGAAACACUCUACAGUGCUAUUCAGAAGCAGAUUUCUGCAAACUCUGUUGUUCGUAAAAUCAUUGCUCUUGCACUCAUAAAGAUUAGUUUGAUAUACAUGGAGCUUAAGAGGAUUUAUGAGGGAAAAUAUCUAACUAAGAAGCAACAGUCUUUCCUCACUGCAUUUUUUGACUGGCUGUGGGCAAGAUUAGCUGCAACGGUAUUGUGGCCAAUUCAUAAUUUGGCUAAGAUACUAUUGUAUCGUAAAAUCAAAUCUGCUAUUGGGAUAUCGAAGGCGGGCAUUAGUGGAGGUGGUAGUUUACCUAUGUAUGUUGACAAGUUCUUUGAGGCAAUCGGAAUCAUAGUGCAGAAUGGUUAUGGUCUGACUGAAGCUUCUCCUGUGGUCGCCGGUAGAAGACCGGCCUAUAAUGUAUUAGGAUCAGUUGGCCAUCCACUUAAGCAUACAGAAAUUAAAGUUGUAGAUGCUAAUACUAAUGAAGUGCUAUCUCCUGGUUCAAAAGGCAUUGUCAAAGUUAGGGGGCCGCAGGUGAUGAAAGGCUAUUUCAAGAAUCCAUCUGCUACGAGGCAAGUUAUGGAUGAUGAUGGCUGGCUGACCACUGGGGAUUUAGGCUGGAUAGCACCUUCCCAUUCAGCAGGGAGAAGUCGGCUUUGUGGAGGCGUUCUUGUUCUUGAAGGACGAGCUAAAGAUACUAUAGUUCUCUCGACAGGUGAAAAUGUUGAGCCUUCAGAGAUUGAAGAAGCUGCCAUGAGAAGUAGUCUAAUUGAACAAAUUGUUGUCGUCGGCCAGGAUCAGCGACGCCUUGGAGCUAUUAUUGUUCCGAACAAAGAAGAGGUUUUACAUGCAGCAAAGAAAUUGUCUCUUAUUGAUGCGAAUUCUAGUGAAUUAGGGAAAGAAAGGUUAACUAGCCUUUUACAGGGGGAGCUGAGGAAAUGGACUUCAGAAUGCUCAUUUCAAGUUGGUCCAAUUCUAAUUGUGGAUGAUCCCUUCACGAUUGAGAGCGGUCUAAUGACCCCAACCUUAAAGAUCCGAAGAGACGUAGUUGCAGAUAGAUAUAGAGAUCAGAUAGCAAAUUUAUACAAGUGAACAUAUGAAAGAGACAAGCUCAUGUAGGUUAGCUGUGAUUCAGAGGUAUAGCAAUUGAUAGUACAGCCAUAUUGUUCUAUUCUUCUUUACAACAUUCUUUGCCUAUUCUGGGGCUGAAGCCUGAAAAGUUUGUUAAUAGAAAAUAAUUGUAAAGGUUUUAAACCAACGCCUCUUGUAAAUGACAAAGCUGGCACUUUUGCCCUCAUGUAAAUGUUAAUUACUUUGGCAAUUAACUGUUAAUAUGUAAGUGGCUCGCUGUGGCAAA